CCAAAAAAAAAAAAAAAAACACCCUUCUCGUCCCAGUGGGAAAAAUUAAAAACACCGAAUAGAAACGCCGUCGUUUUCGUAAUGGAUCAAAUGGAUCUUGAUCAUGAUCUUGAUGAACCCCUCACAGUGGAAAUGGAUUCUGAUCGUUCGCGCCGUCUUUUCCCAAGGUUCUUUACCAACUACAGCUCGCGCUCUCUCUCUCCAGUUCUCAUGGAUUCUCUCCCCAACGGCACGCCAACCUCCACAACUACUACCUCCUCCACCGCCACCUCCGCCGCCACAGCCGCCGCGAUCCCCACCGCCGCCGCUUCGCCAGCUCCGCCGCCCUCCAAGCUGGCACACCUCACCGAGUCGCUCAAGCUGGAGCACCAGUUUCUGCGGGUCCCGUUCGAGCACUACAAGAAGACGAUCCGUGCCAACCACCGCGUCGUCGAGAAGGAAGUCUCCGCCGUUAUCUCCGGCGUCUCUGACGCCGUUGACUCUGACGGUUCUAAGGACGACGCCGUUAACCGCCUCACCUCCCUCGUAUCUCGCCUCCAAGGCCUCAAAAGGAAGUUGGAAGAGGGAAGUCGAGUGGAGAAUUUGCAAGCUCAGAGGUGCCGGACACGGCUCGAUCAUUUGGAGUCUGCAGAUGCUGAGAAUUUGGCAGAUUGGAAUAACACGCGCUUGAAGCGGAUCCUUGUGGACUACAUGUUGAGAAUGUCAUAUUAUGACACCGCAGUGAAGCUGGCGGAUAGCAGCAAUAUAAUGGAUCUUGUGGAUAUUGAUGUAUUCCAAGAAGCAAAAAAGGUAAUUGAUGCUCUUGAGAAUAAGGAGGUAGCUCCUGCAUUAGCUUGGUGUGGUGACAACAGGUCAAGGUUGAAGAAGUCCAAGAGCAAGUUUGAAUUCCAGUUGAGACUUCAAGAGUUCAUAGAGUUGGUACGAGCUGGAAACGAGUUGCGAGCUAUAACAUAUGCCCGAAAGUACCUUGCACCAUGGGGUCCCACCGAUAUGCAAAAAUUGCAGAAGUACACUGCAACACUGGCUUUCAAAAGUACUACUGACUGUGCUAGAUACAAGGUUUUAUUUGAACCAAAGCAAUGGGAUAUCCUGGUGGACCAAUUUAAACAGGAAUUCUGCAAAUUAUAUGGCAUGACACUUGAACCUUUGCUGACUAUUUAUCUGCAAGCAGGCUUGUCCGCCCUAAAAACUCCAUACUGUUAUGAAGAUGAUUGUACCAAAGAAGACCCUUUGUCACAGGAUAGUUUCCGGAAACUAGCAUUGCCAUUACCAUACUCUAAGCAGCAUCACUCGAAGCUUGUUUGCUACAUAACUAAAGAGCUGAUGGACACAGAAAACCCUCCCCAAGUUUUGCCUAAUGGCUAUGUCUACAGCACUAAGGCUCUUGAAGAAAUGUCUAGGAAGAAUAACGGUAAAAUCACCUGUCCAAGGACAGGUUUGAUCUGCAACUACACAGAUCUGGUUAAGGCAUAUAUAUCAUAAGACUGCAUGGUGCCUCAGUGCCUGUGGCUGUAUGCAGUUUUAAUUCAUCUUCUGUAGAUAGGGCUCCUUCCUGAAAGAACACAGCAAAGUUCCUCAUGAACAUUUCCUAUGCCUAUAUUUGGGUCUGGUGUUGGGGACAUGUACAUAUGCAAAAAUGCUUAACAGUUUCAGUUCGAAUGUUUUAAAUCUGCAUGAAAUAAAUAUUUAUUAUUUCUUAACCUA